AUGGAGUGCGGCAAAGAUGAAGUUGCAAAGGCUGAAGGAAUUCCCGAGGAGAAGUCGGUUGAGGGAGACACAUUGGAAUUACCUCCUCCACCAGAACCAGACACAACAUUUUGGACAGAAUGUGACCAUUGCAAAGUACAGUAUGAAUACGCAACUAUUUUCAUGAACCAGAACCUUCGUUGCAUGUUUUGUAAAGACCCGUUUCAUGCAGUUCCGAUAACCGACUCACCCACGAGUCAACAGAAUUUAUCUACUCCUAGUCCCUCAUCCUUGCAGAGGCAAAAUGUAAGUGUUUCUAUUGCAAACAACAUGUUUGCUGCUAGACGAGGAAGAAAACGGAGGACUUCAGGAGUUCAAAUCUUGGAGAAAAGUUGUGAGGAAUCAGUGUCACAAGGCGCUGCAGAGGGAAAGGGUGUUGGGUUAGCUUCCAAUGUGAAGCCCAGUUCCGGAAAGGGAAAGUGGCCUCUGAAAAGGAGCCGGCUUGAGGCGAAUGUUUCUUCAAGAGAGGCGCAUAGUCAAUUGGAGACGGGAAGUGGGGGCGUUGUGCAUGGAAAUCAGGGUGGGAGCUCGAGUACAGAAAGGGUUGUUAUAGUUUCUCAAACUGUCAGGGAGAAUAGUGGAAGGGAGUUGUCAAGGUUGGAAAAUACCAAUUUGCUGGCCAACAGGUCUCGGAUGGAAAUCCGGGCCAAGUUUGAAAUGGAAGAACAGAAAGAUGGAAAUGCAAAUGCUGCUGCUGGAAACUGA